GGUUAUACGUCAUUCUGGAAUGACUGCAUCUCCUCAGGAUUGCGUGGCUGUAUGUUAAUUGAAUUGGCAUUGCGAGGGCGUCUUCAGCUAGAGGCUUGUGGAAUGAGGCGCAAAAGUCUAUUAACAAGAAAGGUGAUAUGCAAGUCAGAUGCUCCUACAGGGGAUGUUCUGCUUGAUGAAGCUCUGAAACACAUAAAAGAGACACAGCCUCCUGAAACAGUGCAAAAUUGGAUUGAGUUGCUUAGUGGUGAAACAUGGAACCCAUUGAAGUUGCACUACCAGCUACGAAAUGUCCGAGAACGCUUAGCUAAAAAUCUAGUGGAAAAAGGUGUACUGACAACAGAGAAACAGAACUUCCUUCUUUUUGACAUGACUACGCACCCUCUCACCAACAACAAUAUCAAACAGCGCCUCAUCAAGAAGGUUCAAGAAGCAGUUCUUGACAAAUGGGUGAAUGACCCUCACCGCAUGGACAAGCGCUUGCUGGCACUUGUUUAUUUAGCCCAUGCUUCAGAUGUUCUGGAGAACGCUUUUGCCCCCCUUCUGGAUGAGCAGUAUGAUUUAGCCACAAAGAGAGUGCGGCAGCUUCUGGAUUUAGACCCUGAGGUUGAAUGUAUGAAAGCCAACACGAGUGAGGUUCUGUGGGCUGUUGUGGCAGCUUUCACAAAAUAACUGCAUUCAGACUGAAGUGUUCUUUCUUCUUUCAUGUAAACCAGUUGUUUCUCUUCUAUUGACUAUUCGUGUUUUCUGUAAUUUGUACCUUCUCACAUGAUGAAUCGGCUCUUGUUUAAUGGGAAUUAUAAGUGGUGUAUUCCCUCCUUCGCUGUGUAUCUGUAUACAGGAUUCUGCUGGUACAAGAGACCUUCCUGUUGAAAAACAACAGAAAAAGGUUUUACUGCCAUAUUGGCAUUCCAUUUCCUAUUCAGUUUGAGUUAUCUGAAAUACUUUGUUUAAUCUGUUUUUUCAUCUUACUGUUACUGAAGUGGUUUAACAUGGAAAGCACCUCAAGAAAGAAAUGUGCAUGCAGUUGGAUCACUAGUCUCAGCUGACACAGAUGUGUGCAUGCAUCACUACUUCUGCAGGACAAUUCAUAACAGAUUAAAAAGGGCCUUUUUAAAUCACCAAAGCUCCUUGUUGAAGUGUCUGUCGGGACAUUUUGUACACAGAUGUUGUUUCGUUAUAUCUAACAAAAUUACUUCAAAAGCAGAGAUGCCAUUAAGCAGCUUUGUCAAUAGCUCCUGUAAAAUGCCCUAUAAAUUUUACUUUUCAUGCAAGUCUCUUGAGUACUUGUAUUUUCCUUAGAAUGAUAGCUGAGUCAAAAGGCUAGUAUAGAAAGGUCCAGUUGUUUCAUAAACCAGUUUUGGGAUGGGAUACAUUCCAUUAUAUUGUAUAUAGAGUUCCAAUUGUAUAUUAACAACUGCCCCAUCUUAGUAUUUUGCAAGAUCUACUUAGUUUUACACCUGGUGCCCCUUGUUUGCUGUCAGCCGUUGCCAUUUGAUGGAAAGAAGGCCCUCCUCUAAAGAUCAUGUAUGUGAAAGCUCUUUGUUUCCAGUGUCUGCAGACUUUGCCAUCCAGGUAUUCUCAGUCUAUGCAUUGCCUUUGAUAGUUAGUGUAUGGAAAGCGACUGC